CUCGAAAGUCCUUGUGGUAUGCGAGCCUCUAUCAGUCGGUCUCCCAAUCGUUCGUUUACUUCGGCGGCUUCCCAUCGACAGUGAGGGCGCGACGAGAAAUGCUCUCUCGUGCCAGGCCUACGGGCCCUCUGCAUCACUGCCACUAUCGACAGGACAUCCAAACCCUUCUUGAGCGAGGGUUUUGUGGCCCUGCCGUGAGUCUACGGGUUGGCUUGUCUGCCAGUGGGCCCUUUCGAUGUCGCCAACGAGCAGCAUCACCGCAGCCUGGACAGCAUGUAAGAGCUUUUACGAAGGCAGCAUCCAAAGGAUUUCGUACAACAUCGAAAACAUCAUCACCGUCCACUGCUGGCCCCAAGGAGCGAUCAAACCCAGAAACCACGGCGGCAGACACACCACCGGUCCUUGACGCCCAUGCCCUCGACACCUUACAAGAGCUGGAAAAUGCUCUUGGUAGGUCGAUCGAUGAAGCAAUUCAAGAUGAUCGUAGGGAGCACACGGCAGCCUUCGACUCUGUUGCAAGUCUGAGGGCGUCUGGAGCGUCCCUAGAAGAGGUGGUUCGCAGGGCUAGACAAGUACAUGGAGAUAGCCUUCCUGACUCAGUUCUCGAGGAUGCCGAGUUCAAAAUCUAUCGGAGACUUUACGGUGACCCUGCGGCGCCAGAGGGAGACGAAUUUGUGGACGAAGACGAUCUCGAUUCGGAUGACAGCACGCCGGCGAACCAGCUCUUUGACAGAGAGGGAACACUUGUCGAUUACAGUCUAUACGAGGCACGGGAACGUACACAUAUGGAAGAUGCCAGUGAACAAGAACAGGAAGAUUUCGAUCACCUUGACAGCAGUGAACGAGAAGGGACCGAUCGACGCGACCCUCCAAGGCCCGUCCGGGGCGGUAUCGACUUGAAUCUCGAAAGGGACGUGACAGGCAGUCUCCUGGCUUCUCCCACUCACAGAGCGAUGGAGGUGGCUCGACUCCUGGACGGCGAAGUGGCCGAGGACAUGGACAAUGAAGAAGAUGUGGAAGAGGAGACGCAAGCGCGGUUUCAUCCUUUGACUACUCUCGGCAAGUUUGCCACCAGUCCUAAGACCGUGUUCCUAUCGCAGGAGGAUUUUGUGCGUCCGGUGGCGAACAUCAUGAAGGAUUUCUCCAACAAGCACCUGAAGGAAACGUGCGAAAAGACGUUCGGCGGACCUGGCCUACCUCAUUCCCCGUUGACACCCAGAUCUGGACGAACGAAGCCACAAAUCCCUAUUCCGCUGGAUGUCACGCAACACAGUAUGGGGGAGAUGGAAGCCAACGCAUUCCUUACCACCGUCAUGCCUCCCACCUACGCCGCCAUAAUGUCUGUCCUGGUAGAAACCCGCAAGCGCUUGGGAUCGACGUGGCUGAAUCAACUUCUCUCCAAGGAAGGUGGGCCUCGCGUUCUCGAUGCUGGUGCAGGCGGCGCUGGCAUCCUCGCCUGGCGAGAGAUUGUCAAGGCUCAUUGGGACUCCAUGCACUCUUCCGACCGUGACCCGCCGCCAUGUCCAGCUUCUAAAUCAGUCGUCCUUACCGGGUCGGAUACUCUGAGACACCGAGCGGCCGCCCUCCUGGACAACACCACCUUUGUCCCCCGACUUCCCGACUAUGUGCACACACGAGACGCCCCGACGCUGGAUGACGAUCGUCCAGCACAGCCACGAAAACAGUUUGACGUGAUCAUUGCCUCACAUUCUCUGUUUGGACUGCAGGAAGAAUGGAUGCGGAAACAACAUGUCCAAAACCUAUGGUCCAUGCUGAGCAGCGAGAGAGGAGUUUUGAUCUUGAUUGAAAAAGGAGUGCCCCGAGGAUUCGAGGCUAUUGGCGGGGCCAGGGAGCUUCUUCUAGAGAGGUACAUUGCCGUCCCCAAGGGUCGCAGGACAGGAUACAGCGCGGGACAUGACAGCGACGACGUUUUCACAAGCGAAACCGGUAUGAUCAUAGCACCAUGCACGAACCACGAAAAGUGCCCCAUGUACCAUGCGCCGGGCAUGUCGCAGGGGCGCAAGGAUUUCUGCAGUUUUCAACAACGGUAUACUCGACCAAGUUACCUCCAGAGAGUUCUGGGCGCCAAAGAUCGGAACCAUGACGACGUGGACUUUUCAUAUCUUUCGGUGAUGAAGGGAGACGAUCUCCGUCAACGGCAGCUGGGGUCCUGGGACAGCCUCCAGGACGGCGUGGGGGCUCCCUUGCACCCAGACCCCCAGGUUCUGGGCGAGGACUACGAGGCUUGGAUGAGAAUGUGUCAGUCAGGCUUUGAUGAGGUCGAACCUGGCACCACUCUCGAAGACACGGCGUCCACCAGCUUGCCUGCACCUUGGAGCUUGCCCAGAUUGGUUUUCACGCCCAUGAAGCGUCGUGGUCACGUCAUCAUGGACGUGUGUACCCCAGCCGGCAAGAUCGAGCGAUGGACCGUACCAAAGUCGUUUGGGAAGCAAGCGUACCACGAUGCGCGAAAGUCUCAAUGGGGCGAUCUGUGGGCUUUGGGCGCAAAGACACGCAUUUCCCGCUCCUUGAGGCUGGGUGGGCCAGACACCAAGGAGGCCAGACGUGCUAGAAGCCGGAAAGAGAGGUUGGAAAACCAGGCCGAGGACUUGAUGGAGAAGUUGGAGCAAGAGAAACUCGCCCAGAUGGAUGAAGCUGUUGAAUUUGCCCGUGAUAUGGGUAUUGCUGACACGGACGGAGUUGAUGUCUACGCUCCAAACAAAAAGACCAAAGCCAAGCUUGAGAAGUCCAGCAACAGCACCACAUCUUCCAAAGCACAGGCAGCCCCAACUCUGCCAUCCUCUGGUCUUUCCGCGGACUCGGACUCUGGCUCGUUCAGUUUUGCAUUUGACGAUUUCGACGAAGAAGAACUCAAUCCAGUUCCUCCGUCCAAGAAGGCUAGCAACGGCAACGGCAUCGACAACGACAACGACAGUGAUAGUUUGAAGUCUACGACGACGACGACGACAUCCAGCCGCCACCGAAACCCACACCAAGUCCCCGACUUCGGAACAGGUCGGUACGACGACUUCGCCGAAGAGAACCUGCGCCAAAUGGAGGCCGAACUGGCUGACCCGCUGGGCUACGCAGCCAAAGGCCCGCGCACCAUGCGGACAUAUUCCAAGUUCGCCGUCCGGAGCGAGAAGAGACGAAAGGCCAAAGUUGGCCGGAGCGCCAGACGUGGACGAUCGGGAUUGUAAAGAAAAACAAAGGAAACUGGCGUGGACUCGGUCGGAGUCGCCACUAAAAUAUGAGAUACUAGGUAUACUGUACCUGGCACAGUCAAGGUUCAUUGUAUGUGGUCGGUCUACUGUACCUCCGCUGGAAUAAAAGGAGGACGAAGAAAAACCGAAUCAAAGAAAGGCUGGCAACGCAACACAAUAUAUCUGGACACAACACACAGCUCACAGUAUAGUAGAGGCUUGGCUGAAAGAAUAGGACCUUGUACUUGACUGCUGGGGGCCUUGGGGGCCUCGGAAUCUUCACUUGGAACAAUACAAUGUAGAUAAUCCCUUCUCUAUAUGAACACCCUGGUUUGGACGUCACGACUCCACCAGAAACAAAUGCAACAAGAUUAGAUGAUCAAGAGGUCAACCAACAGCUCUUGACAGAGCGAUCGCUUCGAAUAUAUAACUAGAUGCCUAGAAGGUAAUUGAAAU